AUGGUCGAUCGUGCGUCGCUGGACGGCAGCUCAGACGCAUCGAAUGAUAGCGGCUGGCUUGACGUCGAGCCCGAGGAGGAAUACGAAGCAGUGGUUUCGCUCUUCGACUCGCAAAGCUUCCAAACGCUAGACGAGAUGCUUGGCCACUGCAAGCAGCACCACGGCUUUGACUUUCUGGCCAACGUCCGUCGCCUGCAGCUCGACUUUCUUGGCGCCGUCAAACUCGUCAACUUCAUCCGCCGCCGCGUGCAGCAGGGGCAGUCCCUCCCAGAUGUCAUAUCCCAAAGUGACCUCAAGGAUGACGUCUACCUGAAGCCCGUCCUGGACAACGAUGCCGUCCUCUUUUCCUUGGACGAUGUUUUAGAAGCCACUGACGACCUUGCCGACGCGGCGGAUGAGCAGACAAGGGCCUUGCUCGCUCGCAACAAACAGCUCGAGGCCGAGCUCGAGGCAAUCCAGAGCAGCUUCGCCGAUUAUCGCCUCACGGUGCACCAGACCUUGGAUCAGCGCUGGGGUAACGACAACGACCUAGACUCGACACCCGCCGUGUCCUCCCAGGCCGCUGCAGCAGAGCCCAAUUCCGACUACUACUUUGAAUCAUACGCAACGCAUGAUAUCCACGAAACCAUGCUCAAGGACAAAGUCCGCACCGACGCAUAUCGUGACUUCAUCUACGAAAAUAAGCAUCUAUUCAAAGGCAAAGUGGUCCUAGACAUCGGCUGUGGCACAGGGAUUCUAAGCAUGUUUUGCGCCAAAGCUGGGGCGGCCCAAGUCUUGGCAGUCGACAAAUCAGAUAUCAUUGACAAGGCAAGGGAAAACGUCUUCAACAAUGGGCUCUCCAGCGUCGUGACCUGCCUCAGAGGUGCAAUCGAAGAUGUCACGCUGCCAGUUGACAAGGUGGACAUCAUCGUCAGCGAAUGGAUGGGAUACUGUCUGCUAUACGAAGCCAUGCUCCCCAGCGUGCUAUAUGCGAGAGACAAGUAUCUCAAAUCCGAGGGUCUACUUGUACCCAGCUCGGCCACCUUGUGGAUCGCCCCUAUUGAAGAUCAGCAUUACAUCUCCGACUACGUCGCCUACUGGCGAGACGUUUACGGGUUCGACAUGAAGGCCAUGCAAGAGGGCGUCUACGACGAGGUUUGCAUCCAGACCAUGCCAUCGGCUUCCAUCUGCGGCGAUGCCUUUCCAUUCAAAAUCCUGGAUUUACGCUAUACACGCAAGGAGGACCUGGUCUUCACGGCCGAUUGGGUGUCAAAACUAAACCGACGUGUUGAUGACAUCGACGGGUUUCUCAUUUGGUUUGACAUGUUCUUCGCCACAAGCUGGAAUGAACAGCCUCCCGCGCCGCAGACCACGCCAGAGGUAUGGAGGAGCAACAAGCGGGGCAACAUCGCCUUUACGACUGGCCCAUACGGCACGGAGACGCACUGGAGGCAUGGACUGCUCCUUGCAGCGCCGCAGGCGUCGCCGCCGGACCUGCCUCAUUCGUGCCCCAUGUCUGGCAGCAUCAAGUUUUCGGUACUCGAGCAGAACUCUCGAGCGCUAAUGAUUGAUGCUUCGUGGUCAUCGGUGGGCCAAGAGAGAAGUCAGUCGUGGGAACUGAAAUGA